UAGGAAUCCCACUCUAACCAGCUUGAACUGAGUAUGGCGACCACUGUCGGUAAGUUACCCGAGUUCCAACAAGAGGAAGGUAACUUCGAGGUAUACCUGGAGCGGUUCGAAGUAUUUACCGCGGCCAAUGACAUCGCGGAAGACAAGAAGCUUCCAAUCUUUCUCACGGCUAUAGGUGAGAAGGCCUACGUCACGCUUCGGAGCUUGCUGCUGCCUAAAACACCAGCUAAGACGUCAUUCACGGAAGUUGUUGACGUUCUGAAGAAGCAUUAUGCUCCCAAGCACUCCGUGGUCACCGAAAGGUAUCAUUUUCACCAGCGAAAGCAAGAGCCGCAUGAGACUGUCGCAGACUUUAUAGUCGAAUUGAAGAAACUCGCGGCAAGAUGCAAAUUCGGUGCCUUUUUGACCGAAGCAUUGCGUGACCGGCUCGUCGCUGGAAUACGUACCGAGGGAGUACGGUGCAGGCUAUUGGCAAUGCCAGACGAGGAAGUAACGUGGGAACGCGCAUGCAGCGUAGCCAUGGCCAUGGAAGCGGCAACACAAGACACGAAAGAAAUGCAGCAAACCAGUUCUAAAGGAGCAGCUGUAGAAACGGAGGACAUCUACUGGUAA